GACCCCAGGGACGAUACAGUGCAGGAAGGAAGAGGCCCUGCAGUUUGUUUGAUAAUAGAGUUCAUGCUUUCUCACUGCAAUCAUUGUUGCUUUCCAAACACACACUCCUGGUUUAAAAGUUAAGAGUUUCGUGUUUAUUUCAUCUCAUAAAUGAAGGACAAAUGUUCAGCAGCCUUGACCGCUGGGCACUGCGAUUUCUCUGAAUCCAUUGCAUUGAGAACGGCUUAGCAUGUCCUAUGCAUACACAGCAGCAUCUGUCUCAGAGAGGAAACACAGUCUGAGACCAUCUGGAACAGAAAAAGGGAAAGAAAUUGGAUGGAUCAAAGCAACAUUUGGUGUACAGACUUAAAAAAAACAUUUGCAUUGUUGCAUUUCUUUAAAAUUGGCUCUUGGGUGUCCAUAAUCAUAUUCAUAUUCCUGAGGCUCAGGUCCCAUUCUCAUGGUUGCCUCAUAUGCUUGCCCAAAUAUUUUCUUACAAAGUUUCAGGGUUCUUUUUGUUUUCCCCUGAGAAAGUAAUGGGUCUGUCAACUCCAGGCCCAUUUCCUAUGAGGACAGCCAAGAGCUGCUGCUCAAGAGUGCUGUCCCCUACCAUACCACAUGCUGUCCCUUCCUGACCACAGGGUUUCAUGUCAGCCAGCAAUGAAAGGUCAGAGGAGAAGGAUAGUGCGAUAAUUCUUCAGGCGGGCUGGACAUUAGACACUGGGUCUGAACUCCUUGUAUUAUGCAGAGAACACACUGUUUUAGUGUGUUUACUCCACCUGUUGACAUGAGCUGUCUGGCGAGUGUCAGUAUGAAUUUGAGUGUCCUGUUCUUUUGGCCAACUUCCUAAUAACAUCUGUAGUUAACUAAGCUUUUAGUUUAUGCAAACCACAAUUUUCACACUAUCACUUCCAUCUCUAUAUAUUCCUGGGAGGUAAGAAUGAGCUAUUUACUUCAGGGAAAACAGGUUUUUCUUUAUAUGUGGAAACUUCAGGGGCUCAGUAAUUCAUCCAAAACUAUAACGCUUCUAAAUGGUAUAACAGGGAUUGCUACCUUGGCCCUUAAGUCUGAAUCCAAACUGAGGCUUUGAGGCUUCAUGAUACACUGCUUUCCUGAUAAUCUUUGUGGACAUAUCCCAUCAUGCAGUGUUUCUCCUCCACCUCAGCUGUGGGAAACAGAAUACCAGGAAAUGGGGCCAAUUGCCAGACAAGGCUCAGGAUCACUGCCCUUGUCUUUGUUAUAGCCUGUGGUGAACACUGACUCUCUGAUCUUGUCAGGCCAGAGAUAUGGCUUCGUUGGCCCUGAGAACUUGGCUAUUCUGAAGAGGGAGUACAAGUAUUUCUGAGGUCAUUGUGACUCUUGAGUCAUCGUUUCUGGCAUGGCACGUAUGAGUAGCUGGGCUUUCCCCAUGCUGCACAUAGGCCAGCUCCUAUUAAAGGGUCUUGAGCUCCAUGCCCGUAGCUGCCAGGCAGUUGAGAUGGGGAGGCUGCUGCUGUUGGCUGGUGAGUGUGGUGGAUCCUAGCAAUGCCACAAAGUUCAGGAGAUGCCAGUUUGUCAUUUCUCUGGUAGAGCAGUAGAGCAGUCUGGGACUCAGAGAGUCUGGAUUAACAAAUAUGAGAUAAACAUAACAAAGAAUCAGAGGCACUAAAUGGGGAAGGGCCAGAGAAGCUGUUCUCCAACCAAGUUGUUUUCUUGCUUGGGCUUCAUCUUGGACCAGUUUAUUCAGAAUUUCUGAGGAGAGGGCUUUGAUAUGAGUACUUUCGAAUUUAUAGCCAGAAUUGAGAACCGCUGGCUGAGCGCUUUAGCAGGACUUCUGCCAUCGACCCUAUGCAGAGCGUGUGCAGGUACAUGUGAUAGCUACUAGGAAAGGGGCUUAGACUAGCUCCACUGUUAACUUGGAAGGAGAGGAAACCAGUGACUGAUAUGUGUCACCAUUGGUGCAUCUGCACGUGUAUGUGGUGCUGAGCUGGAGGGGUCACUUGCAUGUCGGAGGGUGUGCAGAGGCAUGCCACAUGGCGUGUGUACAUGAAUUCCUUCAUUUCCUGCAGGGCUGGUUCUUCUGAUGAAACACAAUGAUGGUACUGCCUACAAGCUGGUGUGUUAUUUCACCAACUGGGCUCACAGUCGGCCAGGCCCUGCUUCCGUCUUGCCCCGUGAUCUGGACCCUUUUCUUUGUACACACCUGAUAUUUGCCUUUGCCUCCAUGAGCAACAAUCAGAUUGUUGCCAAUAAUCUCCAGGAUGAGAACGUUCUCUACUCAGAGUUCAACAAACUCAAGGAGAGGAACCGGGCCCUGAAAACACUGCUGUCCAUCGGAGGCUGGAACUUUGGCACAUCGCGGUUCACCUCUAUGCUAUCCACAAUUACCAGCCGUGAGGAGUUUAUUGAUUCGGUUAUAUCCUUCCUGAGAACACAUGGCUUUGAUGGGCUUGAUCUCUUCUUCUUGUACCCUGGACUCCGAGGCAGCCCCGUGAAUGACCGGUGGAAUUUUCUCUUCUUGGUUGAAGAGCUCCAGUUUGCCUUUGAGAAGGAGGCACUGCUCACCCAGCGCCCAAGGCUGCUGCUGUCGGCUGCUGUGUCUGGUGUCCCAUACAUCAUUCAGACGUCUUAUGAUGUGCGCUUUUUAGGAAGACGUCUGGAUUUCAUUAGCGUCUUGUCUUAUGACUUACACGGAAGCUGGGAAAAGUUUACAGGACACAACAGUCCUCUGUUCUCUCUUCCUGAAGACUCCAAAUCUUCGGCAUAUGCUAUGAAUUACUGGAGAAAUCUUGGGGCACCCGCAGAUAAACUACUCAUGGGCUUCCCCGCCUAUGGACGUACCUUUCACCUCCUCAAUGCAUCUAAGAAUGGAUUGCAGGCUGCCUCCACGGGACCGGCAUCUCCUGGGAAGUACACCAAGCAGGCUGGCUUCCUGGCUUACUAUGAGGUUUGUUCCUUUAUCCAGAGCGCAGAAAAGCACUGGAUUGAUUAUCAAUAUGUCCCCUAUGCCUAUCAGGGGCAGGAGUGGGUUGGCUACGAUGACGCCAUCAGCUUCAGUUACAAGGCAAUGUUCGUGAAAAAGGAGCAUUUUGGGGGUGCCAUGGUGUGGACACUGGAUAUGGAUGACGUCAGCGGCACUUUCUGUGGCAAUGGCCCUUACCCCCUUGUCCAUAUAUUGAAUGAGCUCUUGGUACAGGCAGAGUUCAACUCAACCCCUGUGCCACAAUUUUGGUUUACAUCGCCUGUGAAUUCUUCAGGACCUGGCUCUGAGAGUCUGCCUGUGACAGAGGAGUUGACCACUGAUGCUGUGAAGAUUCUGCCACCAGGAGGAGAGGCUAUGGCUGCCGAGGGCCAUGGAAAGUAUGAAAAUGUGACUACAAUCCCUAGUGGUGGAUUCGUGACCCCUGGGAGAACAAUGUCUCCUGCAACACUUACUGUAGCUCUAGAAAGUGACACCCUGGCUCCUGGGGCAAAUGCUACAACCUCACUGGACCUUCUGUCUGAGACCAUCACUGAGAUGACUUUGAUAGUCCAGACACAGAUACCAGAAGGAGAGACCACGGUCACAGUGGGCAAUCAGUCUGUGACCCCUGGGGGAGAGACCAUGGUCACAGUGGGUAAUCAGUUUGUGACCCCUGGGGGAGAGACCACGGCCAUGGCGGGUAAUCAUUCUGUGACCCCUGGGGGAGAGACCACAGUCAUAGUGGGCAAUCAGUCUGUGACCCCUGGGGGAGAGACCAUGGCCACAGUAGGCAAUCAGUCUGUGACCCCUGGGGGAGAGACCACAGUCACAGUGGGUAAUCAGUCUGUGACUCCUGGGGGAGAGACCACGGCCACAGUGGGUAAUCAGUCUGUGACCCCUGGGGGAGAGACCAUGGCCACAGUGGGUAAUCAGUCUGUGACCUCUGCAGAGAUGGUUACAACUCUUGCCUAUCUUCAGACUAUGACUCCCAUUGAGGAGGAAACUUCUAGGAAGAAGGCUGUGGCCCUUGAAAGGGUCACUGUUCCCCCUAGAGAGAUGUCAGUUACCCCUAAUGGGCAGAAUACAGCUCUAGAGUGGGGGAAUUUGAUUACUGAGGUGGAAACUUACUCCCAGGAUGGGUGAACUGGUCCUUACGUAGAAGUGGAGAACAGGAUGCUGCCCUCCAGCUCCAUCAUCCUGUCCCCAGGAUAUGCUCCUUUCUCUUUUGAAAAUGGCUUCACUCUUACUGAUGGGAACUCUGCUUUGUCAACUCAACAACCCUUCUAACAAAUCUCCUCUCUCUUAAGAAAAAGAAAAUUCAGGACACACUGUUAUGGAUCAAAAACCAUGAACUCUCUUGGUGGCAAAUCCUAGGAGAAAACCCUUGCUUUUUCUCCUAUAUGAUAUGACUGAAGCCACUUCAGGCUGCCACCCAUGAGCAUUUUGUGGGGCUAAGCUGGCACCAA